AUGACAUCGCUUGAGGCUGCAGCGGAGUUCCGCGUCGUGAACCCCAAAGCAUCGACUUCGGAGCAGGUAGCGUCAGACGCCCCUCAGCUUCGAAAUAUCUCGGAAAGCUUGCCAGACCUCUUGAUAUACACUUCCUCGGUUAAAUCAUUCGAAGAAGUCAGCCCGUUCUACAAUGCGGCCGUCAAACAGCGGCCGUUGGCAGUCAUCCGGCCAAGAACAGCCGAUGAAGUCGCUGCAGUUGUUCGCGAGAUGCGGUCCGAAGGCAUCCCAUUCGGCAUUAGGAGUGGGGGGCACGAUAUGGUCGCCGCACAGGCGCAAGGGAAGGACGGUGUGAUCGUCGAUCUUCGCGGCCUGGACAGCGUGGUCAUUGCCGAGGAUCAGAGGUCCGUUCGUGUUGGUGGGGGCACACCCAGCAUCAACCUUUCCAAAUUCCUUCACACGCACAGGCUACUGACGCCCCACGGUUGGUGCGCAACCGUAGGAAUAACCGGCUGGGCGCUUGGGGGAGGAUACGGCUACUUGAGUGCCUUUUACGGCCUGGGUGUCGACCAGAUUCUCGGUGCGCGGGUUGUGCUCGCCAGCGGCGAGGUUGUUGACACUGACGAUCACCCUGAUUUGCUAUGGGCCCUUCGAGGGGCUGGCAAUGGCAACUUUGGCAUCGUGGUAGAGCUUCGGCUGAAACUGUACCCUGAAACAGGCUUCUUGGGUGGUCUUCUGGGGUUUUCCAAUUCUCAGGCAGCUGAAGUGCUGAAGAACUUCCUCGAACUUGAGAAGGACCUCCCGGUCAAUUUCUCCGGGGAGGCUUUGCAAACAAACAUUCCGGGUGUCGGUCCUCUUCUAGCUUGGCUGUUUGUUUGGACCUCGGAUGAUGAUAAUCUUGAGGAUGGCUGGGCUUUUCAUCAGAAACUGAAGGCCCUUGGAACACCGCUACUAGACACGGUAGCAGAAGUUGACGAUUACACGUUCUUCAACGAAUUUCCCCGUCCUGCCGGUAACCAUUUGCACCCACGGUUGUCUAUAGUCGAAUCCUUCACCGAGGAACUGGGCAAGGUUAUGGAAGACUACCCGCCGCCAGGCCCACUGUCUUGCACCGUCAUCCACAGCUUCCACGGACGAGCGCUCCAGGAAAACCCAGCAGCGUGCUACCCGCUCAGAAACCGUCAUCAUAUUCUGAACCCAGUCGCAAGCUUGCCGGACCCCUCGGCUUACCCGGCGGACUUUGAGGAAUGCAAACAGUGGGCAGAUGGUCUUAUUGGUGAGGUAGCUAAUAGGGGCUUGGCCCUGCCUUACGGCAACCGCAACUUGAGCCCCGAGACGGACAUGAACUGGGUGGCCACGUACGGGGAGGAGACGCUGGCGAGAUUGAAGGAGAUCAAGAACAAAUUUGACCCAGACAACGUCUAUAGAACGGGAUAUCCACGACUAGGUCUUGUCUGA